AUGGAUCAACUGCAUGGGUCAGCAAUAUUCUCGAAGAUUGACUUGCGGUCGGGUUAUCAUCAAAUAUUAGUGAAGGCGGAUGAUGUGCAGAAGACGACCUUCAGGUCCCGGACUCAGAAAGAGCAUGCCGAACACCUGAGGCUAGUGCUUGGUAUCCUAAGGGAGAAGCAACUAUAUGCUAAACUGUCCAAGUGUGAAUUUUGGAUGGACGAAGUGCAAUUCUUAGGACAUGAGAUAUCCGCCCAGGGGAUAGCAGUUGAUCUAGCGAAGUUUGAUGCAGUAGUUAAGUGGGAAAGUCCCAAGUCAGCAACAAAAAUCAGAAGUUUCGUGGGAUUGGCUGACUACUAUAGGAGAUUCAUAGAGGGAUUCUCCAAGAUAGUGGCACCUUUAACACAACUCACACGGGAGGACCAACCUAUCACCUGGACAGAUAAGUGUGAGGAAAGCUUCCAAGAGCUUAAGCGGAGGUUGACGAGUGCUCCAAUCCUAGUAAUCCUCGAUGUUGGAAAACCAUUUAAGGUUUACUGUGAUGCCUCUCAUCUAGGGUUAGGCUGUGUGUUGAUGCAGGAGAAGAAGGCAGUGGCCUACGCUUUGAGACAACUCAAAGUGCAUGAGAGAAACUACCCAACUCAUGACUUGGAGUUGGUGGCUAAUGUGUUUGCCUUGAAGAUUUGGAGGCACUACCUCGACGGUGCCCAGUUCCGUGUCAAUGACCACAAAAGCCUCAAGCAAAUGUGGUAG